AUGCUCGACGUAAGUCGAGUAAGUGCACCAACAAAUUCGGAAACAACAACCGAGACACCGGAGGAAACACCAGACAAGAUGAAGAUGGCAGAUGGCUCAGCAAUAAUACGUCGGAACAGGCCCGGAACAAAAGCUAAGGAUUUUUGCCGAUGGCCUGAUGAACCCUUCGAGGAAAUGGACAGCACGCUGGCCGUCCAGCAGUACAUACAGCAAAUGAUCAGACGGGACCCAACAAACAUAGAUCUGAUUUUAAGUAUGCCAGAAGCACAAGACGAGGGAGUCUGGAAGUACGAGCAUCUCCGGCAAUUUUGCAUGGAGUUAAAUGGUUUGGCAGUAAGACUCCAAGAAGACUGCGAUCCUCUGUCUUGUACGCAAAUGACAGCUACUGAACAAUGGAUAUUUUUAUGUGCUGCUCACAAAACACCCAAAGAAUGUCCUGCUAUUGAUUACACACGACAUACUCUUGACGGAGCGGCGUGCUUGCUCAAUAGCAAUAAAUAUUUUCCAAGUCGUGUUAGUAUUAAAGAAUCAUCAGUUGCUAAACUUGGAUCUGUCUGCCGUCGUGUCUAUAGAAUUUUUUCGCACGCUUAUUUCCAUCAUCUUACGAUAUUUGACCCGUUUGAGCACGAGACUUAUCUGUGUCGAAGGUUCACGGCUUUCGUUACUAAGUAUAAACUAAUGUCAAAAGAUAAUCUUAUUGUUCCAAUAUUAAAAGAAGAUGGUUCAACGGAAAGUGAAGCAUAG